CUCUUCUCUCAUUCAACUUAUAAACUUACCCCAUUUCUUCUUCUACUCACAUUCCCAACACGCCACCGCAUCCGCCGCCGUCUACUUCCAUAUCACCGCCCCCGCUCCGCCGCUCGCUUGCUCUUUUGCUUCCUUAUAUGGGUUGCUCAUCCGACUCUGUUUUUUCUUAAUCCGAUUCAAUUCCAUUUCACUCUCGAAUUCUCUGUUUCCUGCAAGUUUGCGAGCGGGAGGUGUGAGCUUAGAAACUGCUCUGUUUCCAUCCAUGGCGGAGGAUAAGAAAACAGGGAAAUCGAAGAUGGUUCUUGAUGAAAGAACCCCACAACUGAAAUUUUCAAAGAAGAAGAUCGACAAAGGUAAAGAACAAUGGAAGCCUGUUUUAGAUGAUGCUUUCUUGUCCAGAAGACCUCUCAAGAAAUUCUGUAGUUCAGAUUUUCAAAACCCAUUUCUUCAAUCCCCUGUUUCUGUUUCUCCUCCUUCUAAGAUCCAAUUUCCUUUUGAUUUUCAAGCAUCUCAGCAAUCAACAACAACAACCCAGUUCAUUUCUUCUUCCUCUUCUUCUUCUUCUUCUUCUUCCUCUCAUUUUCCGGCGUUUGGGUCGCCGGAGCAGCAGAUGAUUUCUUUUAGUUCCAAUCAACAACAGGGGAUCGGUUAUCCACCGUACUUCCUCGGUGGCGGCGACCCGGUGGCUACCCAGCAGAGACUUUUCAAGUAUUGGAGUGAUGCUUUUCAUUUGAGUCCGAGAGGGAGAGCUAUGAUGAUGAGCAGAAUGGGGCCAGAUGGGUGUCAUUUGUUUGGACCGCCGGUGCAGCCCUUAAGCGCCACCAAGCUUUACAGAGGAGUUAGGCAGCGGCAUUGGGGGAAAUGGGUGGCUGAGAUUCGUCUCCCUCGUAAUCGAACUCGCCUUUGGCUAGGAACCUUCGACACCGCCGAAGACGCCGCCAUGGCUUACGAUCGCGAGGCCUUCAAAUUACGAGGCGAAAAUGCUCGACUCAAUUUCCCCGAACGUUUCCUCAACAAAAACAAUCCAAAAACAGAGCCGAAAACAGAGCACACUAAUCCAAUUACAGAGGAGGCUCAUGAAGACAGCGCUGUCGUUCUUCCGCCGUCGGAGGAAGAGAAACCGGAUGAGCAGUUGGCUGAGAGCGGUGGCGCAUCGGAGGCGCCGGAGAUGGUUUGGGGAGAAAUGGAAGAGGCUUGGUUUAAUGCAAUUCCGGCAGGGUGGGGUCCGGGAAGCGCUGUUUGGGAUCAUUUAGACCCAACAAACAAUUUGGUUCUUCAAUCACAAUUCCCUUUUGGUUCAUCAAAUCAGCCACAGAUUAAGGACUCCGAUGAUAAUCAGAACAAGGUAGAGAAUUCUGAAUCGGCUUCGUCAUCGUCUUCCUCCGCUCCGAUGAAGCUGUUCUUAUGGAAAGAUCAAGAUUGAAAAUUUAGAUUUCUUCUUCUUCUUCUUCUAUGAAUUUUUAGUCCAUUGGAUCUGUCGGGGGUAGCAGUCCGACACGGUCGCAUGUUUUUGGAAGACCAAUCCAAUGGUUUAGGCAUCAUAAAGAUGGAAUCUUUGUUAGGGUUCUUGAUUUUAUGUUUGUUUGUUUGUCUUAGUGCAUUUCGAAGAACCAGCUAACGAGGGGCUUUGAGACGCUAUUUUGAUCUCUUUCCCCUUCCUAGUUUGGUGCGUCUUUCUUCCAUGGAAACCCUUUGUUUUUGGGCUUUCCAUGGUGCCUUUUAGGGUUUUCCUUGUAUUUUAUGUUCCCUCUCUUUUUAUA